CGCGCCCACGAGACGCAAGCGAAGAGGAGGCCGACGAAGACGAACACUGAUCUACCUCUGCUUUGCUCUGCCCUGCUCCAACUACUGCGCCGUGACCUGUCUGUACCUGCGUCUGCUGCUAGGCCAGCUUGGUGGUCAUCCUGGCUCCUCUGCGCGCCAUGUCACCUCACGCGGCGCAUGGCCGCGAUCGUUUCCUCAAGCAGUCCAUCGGCUCGCUCGUCCCAAAAGUCCAUGAGAGCCGUGUGCUGCUUGUUGGUGCUGGAGGCAUCGGCUGCGAGCUCCUCAAGAACCUCCUCCUCUCUGGCUUCGGCACCAUCCACAUCAUCGAUCUGGAUACAAUCGACCUCUCAAACUUGAAUCGGCAGUUUCUCUUCCGCCACGAGCAUAUCAAGAAGCCCAAGGCUCUCGUCGCAAAAGAAGUCGCUCAGAAGUUCAGGCCUCAGUCGAUUAUCGAAGCAUACCAUGCCAACAUCAAGGAAAGUCGCUUCAAUGUCGACUGGUUCGCAUCCUUUGAUCUCGUCUUCAACGCACUAGACAACCUCGAUGCGAGGAGACAUGUCAACCGGAUGUGUCUAGCGGCAAACGUCCCUCUGAUAGAGAGCGGCACUACCGGUUACAAUGGCCAGGUCCAGGUCAUCAAGAAGGGCCGGACAGAAUGUUACGAUUGCACGAACAAGCCUGUGCCCAAGUCAUUCCCCGUCUGCACCAUAAGGAGCACCCCCAGUCAGCCCAUCCAUUGCAUCGUCUGGGCAAAGAGCUACCUAUUCCCGUGGGUUUAUCCAGCCAUUUCCCCUUCCUCGCUUGUAACUGAAUUGCAACUGACUUUUUUCUGGCUUUUCCAGCGAACUUUUUGGAACGAGCGAAGAUGAUGUCGAGCUUGAUCAUACAGAAGAUGCUGAAAACGGUACGCCAGCGCCAGCCCUGUCUUCUAAGAAUUUUCAUGCGACUAACGAGGUAAAAAUUAAGCCGGUGAAAUCGAAAAUCUACGACAGGAAGCCAAGGCUCUAAAGGAGAUCCGGAACUCCAUGCCUUCAGAUGAGUUUACUGAAAAAGUGUUCGAAAAGGUCUUCCACAAAGACAUUGUGCGCCUACAAGCCGUCGAAGAGAUGUGGAAGUCAAGGCCAAAGCCAAAUCCGCUCUCCUACAGCUCCCUAUCCGAGGAAUCUAAAGGAAUCGACGCAAGCAUUUGUUCGGACGAUCAGAAAGUCUGGACCGUAGCUCAGAAUUUUGUCGUCUUCAAGGACAGGUCAGUCAUUGCUACAUCCUAAGGUG